AGUCACUGUUGCAGAUUAUCCUCCAUCUGGAUGCGAGCCUGACCCCUUUGAAGUCCCUCUAAUGAAGAGAGAGCCGCAUCUCUCCAGCUUGAUAAGACAUCCCGAAACGGUCGGCGCAGCGUCCCGCGGAGAGUUUGCAGGCUAACGGCUUAAACACAAACUUUGACACUGUUCUCACUUUCUGGGAAAAAAGGCAGCUUUUGUGUAACCUUUUUACAAAGUGGGCUAAUCUAAUAUUAAGGAGGGAAAAGCUGUGCUGGCCUCGGGCGCUUGAGAUUUUUUGGACAGCCAAAGCAUGAAGUUUCAGUGGGUUUGCGUGUCUCUCCUGGGUUUCGCCUUAUUCUUUGGGGAAUAUCGAGGGUCUGAAGUGAAGUUCAGCCGGCUGGAUCGCUGGGUCAAGACCGGUUUUCAGUACUUGAAACUGAACCUGUGCCGGCGAGUGUCUUUGUCGGAGAGUGAGUGCAAACGAUUGUCUCACCUCCACCUAAGCUCCGUGGCCGUUUAUGUGUCUGAGUACAACUCGGAAAAAGUGUUGGCGAUCCUGCCCGAUUCUUACUCUGUCGAGGUUCCAGCGCCCAAACAGAACACUUAUUCCGUAGGUUCUGCCGUGAAGGACGGGAAGCGAAGUCAAGAGUUCUUCACCGGCGCAGCCACUCAUGAUGCCGUGCUUGUGCUGGACCCAAGUCCCGGAGAAAGUUUCGGACACCCGAUUGUGCUUUUCUACGUGGACUUUAACGUGACCAAGAAGAGAUGUGGACACAUGGAUGGAAUAUACCUGGGUGAGGAGUGUCUGACUCUGGCUCUGAAGACACGCUGUGUGAACCAACUGAAGCGCCAGCGUAGCCGUAGCGACCGCCUGGUGGGGCGCAGCCGCAUGCAGAGGGGUGCCAGCAUCGCUGCCUCGGGAGGGUCACGCCCGUCCAGGAUGGAGCGCAGCGGGGGCGUGUGCGAGAUCCACUUCCUGCCCCUGGUGGUUGGUGUCAGGGAUGGCAACCGAACCCAGCGGCUGCGAUGUGUGGAUCACCCGGACUUUGCUCCAUGCCCCCAGCCCCUGCCCCAGAUGGGCCCGAGUGUGCCACUGUCCAGCUGUGAGCUCAGUAAGAACACGCGCCGCUGCCACCAGCAGAGCCUGGCCUCUCACCUGUCCUGCCGCCUCUACCAGACCUGCGACCACGCCGUGCUCCUGUCAGGUGGCUGGCAGGCCCAGAUCACAUACCAGCGCCAUGCUCAGAACCUGCAGCUCUUUCACAAGAUGCUACGCAAUAAUGGCUUCCAGAAGGACCACAUCAAAACGUUCUUCGCGGGGAACGGACAGAUCGCAGCUAAGGAGACGGAGGGCAUGUACCCAGCCACGGAGAAGGAGGCCAUUAGGAACCACAUCGCCUACAUCUGCCGCAAGCAACACUGCGCGGACACCCUGGUGCUCUACCUCAACAGUCCCACCUGGAACGACGGAACCAUGCUGCUCUGGGACAGGAACCACAACGGCAUUGCAGAGCUGAAGGAGCGCUACUCGGUGGGCGAGCUGCUGGCCGACCUGGCAGGGUGCCGUGCACAGCGCGUGCUGCUGUUCGUGGAGCAGAGCUACAGCGGCGCCUUGAGCAAACGGCUGCGCAGUUCCAGGAAGCACCAGAAUGUGGCGCUGCUGAGCUCACUGCCCUGGGUGGCCGCUGCACAGGCCUGGGCCUCCCUGCUGCCCUCACAGUGCCUCAGAGACCACCUCACCAAGAGUGCUGCGAUGCCUCGUAUGAGCGAGUGGACGCUGGGGCUGCUGAACGUCACCCUGGUGGGGGCUCCGUGCAACGCCACGCCCCCUCUCACGGACGCCGAGAUGCGGAGAGAGUACAUGGGCUGCCAGAACCUGCCCACCGCCCUCUGGCACCAGGGUCAUCGCCGCGGCAACUGAGACCAGACCUGGAUGCCUGAUGAUUAAUACAUGACACACGUGACACAUCCACACACACACUCACAUUUACUGACGUAUUCAAACAAAGUCACAUUUGAACUCAUACAAACGUUGGCACAUAUACAAACAGAGAGAUUAUAUACAUUCAUAGCACAACAGGCAUGUGUGUAGUUUCACACGCACACAUACACAGACAAGGCCAUACACACACUACACACUCAGUGGCACAUAUCAAAUCUUGACACACACACAUACCACACCAUAUCACAUUCCAAAACACACACACCAACAGCGACACACACACACACACAGUUCCUAUCAGUUAUGAAACUGUUUCUUCUCUUACGGCUUUCCUCUCUAGUCCCAGUAUUCCCUUUCCUAUAAACAUGUCUAGUUCUGGAUUAUAAAGGGACUUCUACAGCACUUCUAAGUCUAUCCCCCUCCACACACACCCCUACUCCACCCCAAAACUGACCCUCUCUAAAGCCACCAGCCUGGGGAAAUGGGGGCACCAGAAGUUAGUGCUCUACCGAAACAUCUUCCACUCACAUGUACAGACAGGACAAACGCAGUGUAGCAUCUUCCACUCACCAGUGCAGACAGGACAAAUGCAGUGUAGCAUCUUCCACUCACCUGUGCAGACAGGACAAACGCAGUGUAGCAUCUUCCACUCACCUGUGCAGACAGGACAAACACAGUGUAGCAUCUUCCACUCACCUGUGCGGACAGGACAAACACAGUGUAGCAUCUUCCACUCACCUGUGCAGACAGGACAAACACAGUGUAGCAUCUUCCACUCACCUGUGCGGACAGGACAAACACAGUGUAGCAUCUUCCACUCACCUGUGCAGACAGGACAAACGCAGUGUAGCAUCUUCCACUCAAGUGUUCCGUUAGUGUAGCGUCUGCUGCAACAGUUAGCUUCCACCAUAAUGGAAAUGGCUACACCAGACGUGAUAGCGGUGUGUACAUAAAAAAACAAAACAAAAAAAAUGAUAUGCCGCGAAUGGAGCGCUUCAGUUGCAGGCCAGGUGUAGCCUGGGCCUAACACCACCACCCAGAGGGUAGAGAUGGCCCUGAGGGUAGAUCCCUGCUCAGUGGGCUGCGGGAUGUAUCUGCCCCCUUGUCGCACACGGUCCGGUUUCCGUCUUGGUUCUGUAGUCAGGAACGCACGUCCACUUCAGGACGCAGCACCAUCCAUCACGCUCACGGACCACGGGGCAGCAGGACACCACGGACAGCCCCCCCCAAGAUAUGUGUGUGUAAAUGUGGGAGUGUGUAUGUGUGUGGGGGUAGUUGAAUGUGUGUGCAAAUGAGGGUACAUAUACUUGGAUGAACCACAUAUUCUAUGUAAGUGUCUGUGUGUGUUGUCCUCCGUCUGAACCUGUCCUCGUCUCUAGCGGUGAUGCCCAACCCCUCCCCCAAUGUUGGAGGUGCAGGAAGACAUGAGCCUCUCUCUGAGUACACCCUCUCUCUGCGUGCGCACACACACACACACACACACACACAAACACACUUUCCUCAGCACACACACUGAUGCAGUCUGUGAAAAGGUUCAAGAAGGGGACACCAGCAUCCUUGAGAGUGAGAGAGAGAGAGAGAGAAAGAGAGAGAGAGAGAGAGAGAGAGAGAGAGAGAGAGGGAGAGAAUGAGAGAGAGAGAGAGAGAGGAGAGAGAGAGAGAGAGGGAGAA